CAGAGGUCCAUUUUUAUUUAUUUUACUUUUUACCUUUUCUUCACUCUUUAAAUUUUUUAAAUAUUUUGAUUAUUUUUUUCAUCAUGAUGAUCAGAAAAGAAUGUGAGGAUUAGAGUUCCUCCAGAAAAAAAACACCAGAAAAACAUCACAGCUGAGUCUGGACAUAACUCUUCCAUGUCGAGCUCCAAACAAAAAUAUCAGCAUCAUUGGUGUGGAGUGGAGCAGAGCUGACCUGGGAGAAGAAUAUGUGAUUUUGUACCGGGAUGGUCAGUUUGUUCCAGACAACCAGCAUCCAUCUUUUAAGAACCGGGUGGACCUGCAGGACAGACAGUGUGGAGACGUGUCUUUAAUGACACUGGAACAUACGAGUGUCAUGUCGUCAUGAGAGGAACAAACAUAAGACCAAAAAAUCAUCACAGCUCAAUCUGGACAGAACGUCACUCUGCCAUGUCAAGCUCCAAACAACAACAUCAUCUUAGGUGUAGAGUGGAGCAGAGCUGACCUGAGAGAUGAAUAUGUGCUUUUUUACAGAGAUGACCAGUUGGAUCCUGUCAACCAGCAUCCAUCUUUUAAGAACCGGGUGGAUCUGCAGGACAGACAGAUGAAGGAUGGAGACGUGUCUCUGAUUCUGAAGAAUGUGAUGGUUAAUGACACUGGAGCAUACAAGUGUGAGGCCUUCAUGAGAGGAACAAACGUGAGGAACAGAGCUAAUCUAGAUGGUGACCCCAUCAGCAUCGUCACACUGAAAGUUGAUCUUCCAGACCAGAAAAUCGUCACAGCUGAGUCUGGACAGAAGAACGUCACUCUUCCAUGUCGAGCUCCAAACAACAGCAGCAGCAUCACCGGUGUAGAGUGGAGCAGAGCUGACCUGGGAGAUGAAUAUGUGCUUUUGUACCGGGAUGACCAGCUUGAUCCAACCAACCAGCAUCCAUCUUUUAAGAACCGGGUGGAUCUGCAGGACAGACAGAUGAAGGAUGGAGACGUGUCUUUGAUUCUGAAGGAUGUGAUGAUUAAUGACACUGGAACAUACAAGUGUGAGGCCUUCAUUAGAGGAACAAACGUGAGGAAGAGAGCUAAUCUAGUUAGUGACCCCAUCAGCAUCGUCACACUGAAAGUUGAUCCUCCAGGUCAGACAGGAGGAGACACAGAGGAUGGAUCUGUUGGACUGAUCGCUGGUCUGAGUGUUUUUGUUGUGCUUGUUGCUGCUGUUGUUGGUUUUGUGAUCUACAAAAAACACAAACAGAGUCAGGAUUCAGAGCAUCCACCUGCUGAACUGCAGACUUUUACAUAAGAAUGCUUAAAGAUGGCAGCCUGCAUCUUUAAGGCAGAAAAGCAAAAGUCAGCCUGACUGAAGAAAGUAAAAUAAUACAGUCCAAAUAGAAAACUAAAAGAGUUGCUUAAUUUCAAAUAGAUUCCACAGUGUUUCUGCUGUGCUUCUUGUUGCUGCUGGUGUUGGUUUUCUGAUCUACAGAAAACAUAACAAACAGAACCGAGAUUUUAACUAGCAUCCUGAUGAACAUCAGCAAGUUUUAAUUGUCUCAGAGCUUCUUUCAUGUUGAUGCUGGGUAAGAGAAGCCUACAUUAAGGCAGAAAAGCAGCAAAACCACACUGAAGAAACUUAAACACUAGAGUCCAAGUAGAAAGCCAGAAGAGUUGCUUCAUUCCAAAGAGAUUCCACAGCUGAGACCACGUUUAAAUAAAAGCUAAUGUCCCAGAAGUACAAAGGAAUAACAAUGGAAAAUCAAUUAUUAAAAGUUGCAGGUUAAAAAUAAAUAUUGUCCUAAGUCUGUGGGAGAGUCUUAAGAAAUUAAACCCAAAGCCAUACAGGAAGGAUCACUUUUUUUACAUUUUUAAUCAGCAGGCUGAGAAGUUGACAGAAAAUACUGAAUAAUGUUGUAAAAAGUGUUAAAGCCUACACCUUUACUGUUUUUAACAUCUGUUGUUAUGUAUUUACUUCUAACACUGAGCAUUAUUGGCUUCUGAUGUAUUGGACAAUUAUUAUUAAUAGUAGUUCAGUUUUGAUGAUGUGUGUUAAAUGUUUCAAACACACACAGGUUUUCAUCAUUUGAUUGUAUGUUGUUCUGAGGCAGCUAAAUUAGUUUGUAGAGAAAAUGAAUGUCAGAUUUGUGUUUGUGGUUAGCCGCUCAUAUCAGCUCAACAUUUUUUACUCUUUACAUUUCUGUGGGACAGACAUGAGCUCAUAUUUUCAAACAAUAAUUAAGACAUCUUAAAAUGAAUACAAAUACAUUUCAGUGUUUUCCCAAACAACAUAUUCUGUUUCCGAUUGAACUUGUUUGAAGCAAAAUUUUAUUUCCACUAAUGUCAGGAAUUUACUUUUUUAUGGUUUGUUUCUCAUCAGUUUUCAGAGUUCAGUGCCCUGAAUGUUACAGGUUCAGCCACUGUUUUUAAAGUCAGACUUCUUCUGUGAGGUUUGAACCACACAAACUGAUCCUCAUGUGCAGAUCAGCUGUUACUUAAUUACAGACACUAACUGAUCAAUAAUCAGUCUGAUGGUGUUCAUUUGGCAACUAUAACUGAAUGAAUGUUCUGACAGUGUCAUGAAACUAAAGAUAGAAAUGAUUUCUGUAACAGUCAGAUGUUUCCUCUGAUAUCUGAAGAUUUAUUGAACUUUUAAUCCCAUGAACACUUGUGUUGUUUGUUUUCUGGUUGUUACUGCAGUGGAAAUAUUUCAAGAUCUAAUAAUUUUUUUUACAUAAAAUAGUACUGAAUAGUU